GUAAACAUGCAAGAGUGAGCUUGAAAUACUACACCCCAUUCUCUAAUCUCUACAUCUAAACUCUCUCUCUCUCUCAAGUUCUUCUACGUUCGUUUUACAACAUCUACAAGAGUUUUAGCCCAACCCAUUUUUGACCCGUGGUUGGUAUUAGUUGGAAAUUACUGAGAGAGUGAGAGACAAUGUCGAACCCAAGUCACUUUUUUGUGCUGAACACAGGCGCCAAGAUACCUUCGGUCGGCUUAGGAACAUUCCGGACGGAACCUGAUCUCACUGUCGACCUCUUCACCACUGCCAUUAAGGUUGGGUAUCGUCAUAUUGAUUGUGCUCAAGUGUAUGGCAACGAGAAGGAGAUUGGUGAUGCUCUGAAGAAGCUGUGUGAUGAGGGGAUGGUGAAGCGCGAGGAUUUAUGGAUCACUUCCAAACUCUGGUGUGCUGAUCACGAACCAGAAGAUGUGCCAAAAGCAUUUAAUAAGACUUUGCAAGACUUGCAACUUGACUAUCUGGAUCUUUACCUUAUCCAUUGGCCAGUCAGCAUGAAAAAUGGAAAGCUUACUCAACCUAAUAUACCUGCCACUUGGAAAGCAAUGGAGGCACUCUAUGAUUCAGGCAAGGCAAGGGCUAUUGGAGUCAGCAAUUUCUCUUCAAAGAAGCUCGGGGAUCUCUUAGAGGUGGCACGGAUACCUCCUGCUGUUAAUCAAGUGGAGUUGCACCCUCAGUGGCAGCAACCUAAGCUACAUGCUUUCUGUCAAUCUAAGGGAGUUCACUUAACUGCAUAUUCGCCAUUGGUAAAGAACAAGAUCCUUGAGCAUUCUAUUGUGAAAAUGGUGGCAGAAGAAUUGGGAAAGACUCCUGCUCAAGUUGUUCUUCGGUGGGGCUUGCAAAUGGGUCACAGUCUAGUGCCUAAAAGCUCAAAUAAGACCAGGAUUCAGGAAAAUUUUGAUCUUUUUGAUUGGUCUAUACCUGAACACUUGCUUGCCAAGUUUUCUGAAAUUAAGCAGGAGAAGCUUAUUCAAGCUACUCAUUUUGUGCAUGAGACUCUUGGUCCAUAUAAGACCCUUGAAGAACUCUGGGAUGAACAGUUGUGAGCAGCUUGUUCGAGUACGUUAUACACGUGCUACUGGUGUUAAUGGUUUAGACCUGAUUUGUAAACCCCUUAUCUGUAACGAUUGUAAAAAUAGUAUUCUGAUGGUGGAAGUAUUGUGUGUUAGCGUGAGUCAUGGUGUAACAUUAGGGAUGUAAUAUAUUGCGUAGUUGGUAUUUACCUAUUCUGUGUAUGGUAGAGAAUAAAGACGUAAAUAAAUUAUAUUCAUGUAAUCCUGUUUAUAUACUUCCACUGUGAGACGAAUAAAAUUCAUUAUCAAUCUUGUUCUAUUUGACUUGGUAUCAGAGCAAAGAUUCGAAAAUGACUUUGUCUCUUUGUUCUUUUUUCAUUUUUCUCUUAAUUAGAGGAAAAUAGUUCUAAAACUCCAUUUGAUUGGUUCUGAUACGUGGAUUAUUGAUUUUGGUGCCUCCGAUCAUAUGACUUAUGACAAAUCAUAUUUUACUGAAUUGUCUUCCCCACCUUUUUUGUGUUAGGGUCAGGGUUAGUGCGUAUUACUCCUACUUUAGAACUUCACAAUGUGUUAUAUGUGCCU